UUUUUGUUUUCAAUGUAAUGAAAAAGAAGAAUAAAAAACAUCAACCGGUCCUGAAGACUAAUCAUCACUUUGGAGUUCGGAUCCUCCAAACCCAGAAAAGGCACCCGUUUCUGCCCGCCCGAAAUCAUCCUCCAUCCUCCCGUUUCUCUCUACUUCCAUCGUCCCCGGAUUCGGAUCGAUUCGGUAUCGGAUUCUAUUUCGGUCUAGCAAUCGAAGGACUGAACCCGCGUUGAUCAAUCGGGUGCUCGCUGGCGAGGGUUUUCCUUUUUGCCGCAGCAACCAAUUGAUUUCUCCUAGUUUUAGGGCUUUUCCUCCUUUAAUGGGCGAUCUCGAGGAUUGUUCCGUACUGGAAGAGAGGUCGUCUUCUCCAUUGUCGCCGCCUCGAUCGCCGUCGAAUCAGUCGGAGUUCUGGGAGAGAGCGGAGGAAGCCACUCGACUGAUUAUAGCGCAGGUGCAGCCCACUCUUGUGUCCGAAGAGCGACGAAGAGCUGUGAUUGAUUACGUGCAGAGACUUAUCAGGACAACUCUUGGAUGCGAGGUUCAUCCAUUCGGAUCAGUUCCAUUGAAAACUUAUCUUCCUGAUGGAGACAUCGAUCUCACUGCUUUUGGUGGACUAAACCUCGAAGAGGCACUGGCCAACGAAGUUUGUUCUGUACUUGAAAGGGAAGAACGGAACAGAGCUUCACGGUUUGUGGUUAAGGAUGUUCAGUUAAUACGGGCUGAGGUUAAGCUUGUGAAAUGUCUGGUACAGAACAUCGUGGUUGAUAUUUCCUUCAAUCAGCUUGGAGGGCUUUGUACGUUGUGCUUUCUCGAGGAGAUUGAUCGUCGCAUCGGGAAGGAUCAUCUUUUCAAGAGGAGUAUCAUACUCAUUAAAACUUGGUGCUACUAUGAAAGUCGUAUUCUCGGGGCUCACCAUGGCUUGAUCUCGACAUAUGCUUUGGAGACAUUGGUCCUAUAUACCUUCCAUCUCUUCCACUCAUCAUUGGAUGGUCCUCUUGCAGUUCUGUACAAAUUCUUGGACCACUUCAGCAAGUUUGAUUGGGAUAACUACUGCAUCAGCUUGAAUGGUCCAGUCCGUUUAUCUUCUCUACCAGAAGUUGUUGCUGAGACUCCAGAAAAUGGUGGGCAAGAUCUACUGCUGACCAGCGAGUUCCUCAAGGAGUGUGCGGAGAUGUACUCUGUUCCUUCACGAGGACUCGAGACAACCCCACGGGCAUUCCCGUUGAAGCAUCUCAAUAUAGUUGAUCCACUGAGAGAGAAUAACAAUCUUGGUCGCAGUGUAAGCAAAGGUAACUUCUAUCGCAUAAGGAGUGCUUUCACAUAUGGAGCUCGGAAACUUGGGCGGAUCAUUUCGCUGUCAGAAGAAGCCAUAUCUGUGGAACUCCGUAAGUUUUUCUCAAAUACACUAGACCGGCAUGGGAGUGGCGAGAGGCCCGAUGUCCAUGACUCUGUUCCUUUUGUAAGAUACAAUGGGUAUGCCGCCAUAUUGCCAGCUUAUACUACAGAUCUGUGCCAAGAAGACCGGCCAGUUUGCGAGGCAGGACCCUCCACUUCGUCUGGUGCCUCUAUAAACGGUAGACCUGACUGUGAAGAAGACCCAUCUUAUGUUGGAGGCCAUGCAUCAAGGACAGUUAGCCCCCCUUUAAGCAGAUCACAUAGUCCUACAGCCUCCUCAUCUGUUUCCGACAAGCGCUGUGUAGGUGAUGCAAAAGACUUGGCCAUUGUGACAAUUCAAAGACUUGAUAUUUCAGAAGCUGCAUUGAAAUCUUCUCUUGUGACUGGUAAGGGCACUCUCUCUCCUUUGAGUAGAAAGCAUCAUCCACUUCAUCUCACAAGAAACGGAGAAAUCUCAAACGGAAAGGCAGAGCAGAAACAGCAGCAACAGAAUCCUAUAAAUAGUAAUGAGGACAAGAACAUGCCUGUUUGUCAUGAAGAUCUGCUGCCAUCUGUUGGAUCGAUGCACCACACCUCAGCCAAGAAUCUGGUAAGUUGGCCGCAGGAGGAUAUAUAUCUCUACCACUCGGGUCAUAGUGAUUCUGGUUCUCCAAAACGGCUGUCAGACCUGGCAGGGGAUUAUGACAAACAGCUUAACAGUCUGCAAUUCGGGCGUUGGUGGUUUGAGUACAUACAAAACGGUCCUCUAUCUCCACUAUCACCUCCCGUGCUGUCACAGUUUCAUAGCAACAGUUCAUGGGAAGUGGUCCAUCAUGCAUUGCCGUUCAGGCGGAACAUGGCAGCACCAGUAAAUGCAAACGGAGUUGUUCAUAGACAGGUUUUCUUUCCUGUGAGCCCUCAGAUGAUUCCUGGGGCAGGUUUUGGUCUGGAGGAAUUGCCUAAGCCGCGUGGAACUGGAACAUACUUUCCCAAUGCGAACCAUUACAGGGAUAGACCAUUCUCUCCACGGGGAAGGACGCAACAUGCAGCUAGGUCUCCACGUCACAAUGGCCGAAGCAUGGUGCAUCCAGAACAUCAAGGCAGUCCCAAGAAUGGUUCAUACGAGGCGAACCAUACGGAUUCCCCUGAAAAAUCAAGGUACCCUGAUGCAAACGGGUCGGCAUAUCUUCAGUAUGAGAAGGUACCGGAUUUCAGGUCAACCGAAAAUUUACAAUCUGGACUCUCCUCCCCGGAGGAGAGCAACAAGCAAAAUCUUGGAGGUUCAAACAAAGACAGGGCGAAGGAGAUGCAGUCUUACCAUUUGACAGACGAAGAUGAUUUCCCGCCAUUGUCGGUGUGAUCAACGGAGGUUAGUGUUGUACGACUCCACCCCCCCACGGAUACACGCAGUAUAGAUGGAAUUAGGAAAGAACAGGUAUAGCUUCUAACGGUUAGGCGGCUUGUUCAUCAGGCGUUUGUUUGUCUCUCUGCACUGUCCAAAAAAAAAAGAAAGAAUUUUUUUUGUUAUGGAGGCUGAUAGUUUUUGUUUUUUGUUUAUGUUUUUGGAGGCGGGCGGUUGUGGUUGAGAGGUGCGUAUUUGUAUUGUGUACAUUUUAUGACACGUGUAUCUUUGUAGAACCCUUCAGACGGGAACUACUGUCGGAGAUUUUGUGUGCGCGUGUUGUAUUUAGACAGGGCUGGUCGGUUGGUUCAUUUGUUGUAUAGGAUGUUUCUUCCCCUGCUUGCCUUCCUUUCGUUUUUCCA